UGGCGAUCAAUAUAUUAGUCGAGUACGCAGCUGGCGACCCAAAGGUCAUUCAUGUCUGGAUUGGAUGUCAUGUCCACACCUAGUGCUACUACCAACAACAUGCCCGCGUGCCGCUCAGCACACCCAUUUGUCCACACGACCUCAAAGGCUAGAUGAAAGGCCUUACAAAGUUCGCUGAGCCUGUCGCGACCCUAGUCCUGCGUGUACGCUCAUCCACCAGCAUCAGAAACGACUCACGGUCCUGCCCAUCGCUCUUGAUGGAGUCCAGAUAUGCACCAGUGCCAGGCACAGUCAGACUCGAGACAAAGCUGUCGUACUGGCUCUUGAUUUUGAGGCCAGAUUCGUCGAAUAUUCUGAGCUCUCUCGGUCUCAAGUUCAUGUCGGCAUAUAGCUCCUCAGCCACUCGGUCAGCCAGCGCUUGCAAAGCCUCUUGCUUCGGCAGCUGAAUGUCCCGCACCUCGUCGAUUGCAAUGCCGACGAGACUCAGCUCGCGCACCAGCUUGCGAAUGUCCACCGAUCGGUCCACAUAGAUGGGCGCGCCGAAGCGGUAGUAAUCCACGACGUAAGGGAAGUACGCCGGAUCGGCGUCGAUGAACACCGGCUGAUCUCUUUUGCUCGUCCCCAGCUGACUGGCCAGCUGCCCAAGCACAGUGUCGGGAUGCUUGGCAAGAGUUGAUCUGGCGACAGCGAAGGGCUGGCCGCCCACAUCCAGACGGACAGGCUGCUCCUGCACCAUCAGAGAAGGCAAAGAGAGUUGCUGCACGACGGCUGGCGAGGGCGGCGGGGCCUCCGGUGUGCCGGCCAGUGCGGGAAUGGCUGGCGUCAGCGAGAUGAGGGCGAUAAGUGGAAGAGCCGCACAAGAGAUGAACGCAUGUUUGAGCAUCGCCUCCAUGCGUCUUGGCCAUCCUUGUGCACCACUUUCCUCCCUUGUCGUCGGCUGCUGUUGUCCGCCUUCAUGAAGGCCGGCAGGUAGCCGACUGACCCAAGGCUGUCUUGUGUUGGCCUGAAGAGAGGGCGAAGCUGCUGAUCUCCCGUGCAGCAGUGGUCGUGGCGCGAGUGUGGUCCAGCAGAGGGCAGGGGGAACGGCAACCAAUGAAUGGAUAAGCAGCACCACCAGCACCAUCGACAAGACGCAUUGUCGCAGAUUCAUCGCCAUCUGCAGAUCUCCUGUUUCUUGAGCUGCAGCGCACCACAACAGUCAGGUAUGGCGCUGGAAAGCCUCGAAUGCCUUUUCCCAUUGGAUCGCAUUCUCAGCUCGCAUCUUUCUCCUCUCUUGUAACCGCUCUCUCCUCUCUUGUUCUACGACUUAGUCCAGCAAACGACUCGUAUUCAGCGGACGGCCGUGGGUUUCGGUCUGGAGGCCUCGUGAGUGUGUUCCUUGGGAGUGUGUUCCUUGGGUUCCUCUGUGCAUGUGGAGCGUGCGUGGGUGAUUCCUGUUGCGUGUCGUCGUUUGAUUGUGCGUGAAAGACAUGGGACUUGGC